UCCCAUCGGAGCCAUGAGCCAGGGCGGAGGGGCCGGCGGGGAGAGCGGCGAGCCCGAGGCCAAGGUGCUGCACACCAAGCGGCUGUACCGAGCAGUGGUGGAGGCUGUUCAUCGCCUGGAUCUCAUCCUUGGUAACAAGGCAGCGUAUCAAGAGGUGUUCAAGCCGGAGAACAUCAGCUUGAGGAACAAGCUGCGGGAGCUCUGUGUGAAGCUGAUGUUCUUGCACCCGGUGGAUUAUGGAAGAAAAGCAGAGGAGCUGCUCUGGAGGAAGGUUUACUAUGAAGUUAUCCAGCUCAUUAAAACAAAUAAAAAGCACAUUCACAGCCGCAGCACCCUGGAGUGUGCCUAUAGGACUCACUUAGUAGCUGGGAUAGGAUUCUACCAGCACCUUCUCCUCUACAUCCAGUCUCACUAUCAGCUGGAGCUGCAGUGCUGCAUCGACUGGACACACGUAACAGACCCUCUGAUAGGCUGCAAGAAACCUGUGUCUGCGUCGGAGAAGGAGAUGGAAUGGGCGCAGAUGGCAUGUCACAGAUGUCUGGUUUAUCUGGGAGAUCUGGCUCGCUACCAGAACGAACUGGCAGGCGUGGACACGGAGCUGCUGGCUGAGAGGUUUUACUAUCAGGCCCUUUCUGUUGCACCACAAAUUGGCAUGCCCUUUAACCAGCUGGGGACACUGGCAGGGAGCAAAUACUACAAUGUGGAAGCUACCUAUUGUUACUUACGCUGCAUCCAGUCUGAAGUGUCCUUCGAAGGUGCCUAUGGGAACCUGAAGCGGCUCUAUGACAAAGCAGCCAAAAUGUACCACCAGCUGAAGAAGUGUGAGACCAGGAGGUUGUCUCCAAGCAAGAAAAGAGGCAAGGACAUUAAGAGGUUGCUGGUGAGCUUCAUGUACCUGCAGAGUCUUUUGCAGCCAAAGAGCAGCUCUCUGGAUUCCGAGCUGACAUCUCUGUGCCAGUCUGUGCUGGAGGAUUUCAACCUGUGCUUGUUUUACCUGCCCUCUCCUCCUAAUCUGAGCUCAACUAGUGAAGAUGAAGAAGAGUAUGAGAGUGGCUACUCCUUCCUUCCUGAUCUCCUCAUCUUUCGCAUGGUGAUCAUCUGCCUCAUGAGUGUUCACAGCCUCAAGAGGGCAGGUUCCAAGCAGUACAGUGCAGCCAUUGCCUUCACCCUGGCCCUGUUCUCUCACCUGAUAAACCACGUCAACAUCCGCCUGCAGGCAGAGCUGGAAGAAGGGGAGAAUCCAGUCCCAGCCUUUCAGAGUGACAGCACGGAUGACCAGGAGCCCCGGGAGCCAUUGAUUGAGAAGGAAGCUGAAGGUGACUUGGCAAAUCAUCAGGCAAGUGAGGAGCAAAGGAAGAGUGACUGCAAGAAGAGCAAGAAGUACUCCCGCCUGUCCUGCCUGCGGCGCCGCCGCCACCCCCAGAAGGUGGAUGAGAGCGACCUGAGCGAGGGCUUUGACUCUGACUCCAGCCAGGGCUCCAUAAAGGGCAGUGAUGGCUCUGAAAGUGGCUCAGAGAAGAGUGAUGAGGAAGCAGAAGCUGCUUUUGAUGUGGAGACAGACUCUGACAUGAACAGCCAGGAAUCUCGGUCCGACUUGGAGGACAUGGAGGAUGAGCCGGGCGAGGAGGGAAGCGGCCGAGGCAAAAGUGGGCCUAAAGAGGCCUUGAAGAACUGUGUGGAUGGCAGUGGGCUGGGGGACUCCAAGAGCUCCAGCAGCUCUAAAGCUGAGGCUCCAGACCCAGCCCUCAAUGGGCCAGCUUCCCUGAGCACGAGUGACACCAGCAUAGCCAGUAACCUCCAGGCCAUGUCAACCCAACUGUUCCAGACCAAACGCUGCUUCCGCUUGGCUCCCACCUUCAGCAACAUCCUUUUGAAACCCAACAGUGAACCCCCUGUCUUGAAGGAUGGAAUAGAAGGCAAGCCAUGUGUCAAUGGAGAUCUGGAGAAGUCCAGCCUGGCAGAGCAAGAUGAUGUGUCUGACUCCGAGGAAAGCAUUUCAAGUAACAAAUCCUGCAGGAAUGAGCGCUCCCUUCAGGAGAAGCUGCAGAUCAUGACCAACGAAGGGCUGCUGCUCACUGUCAAGGUGUUCCUGGACUGGCUGAGGACAAACACAGACCUCAUCAUCAUGUGUGCUCAGAGCUCUCAGAGCCUGUGGAACAGGCUGUCAGUGCUCCUGAACCUUCUGCCUUCUGCUGCAGACCUGCAGGAAUCAGGCCUGGCCCUAUGUAAUGAAGUCAAGGACAUUCUGAGUGGUGCUGAGCUCCCAGACCUAAAGGCCAACUUGCUGCUCCCAGAAGAUGUUGCCCUGCGGAACCUUCCUCCUCUGAGGAGCGCACACAAGAGGUUUAACUUCGAGCAGGACAGGCCCAUUUUUACACCCCUCGAGGAGUCUGUCGUUCGGAUCUGCUGCAUUCGGAGCUUUGGCCACUUCAUCAGCCACUUGCAAGGCAGCAUCCUGCAGUUCAACCCCGAGCUUGGGAUCUUCAUCAGCAUCGCCCAGUCAGAGCAGGACAACCUGCUGCACCAGGCGCAGGCCCAGUUCCACAUGGCUGCAGAGGAAGCUCGUCGGAACAGGCUGAUGAGAGACAUGGCUCAGCUUCGACUGCAGCUGGAGGUUUCUCAGCUGGAGGGGAGUCUGCAGCAGCCCAAGGCACAGUCAGCCAUGUCCCCUUACCUCGUCCCGGACACCCAGGCCCUCUGCCAGCACUUGGCUGUCAUCAAGCAGUUGGCCACCAGUGGGAGGUUCAUCAUCAUCAUCCCUCGAACAGUGAUCGAUGGCUUGGACUUCCUGAAGAAGGAGAAUGCAGGAGCUCGGGACAGCAUCCGGUAUCUGGAGGCAGAGUUUAAAAAGGGAAACAGGUACAUUCGUUGCCAGAAAGAUGUUGGGAAGAGCUUUGAGAGGCAUAAGUUGAAGAGACAAGAUUUAGAUGCCUGGAAUCUCUAUAAAAUCCUGGACAGCUGCAAACAACUGACAGUGUCGCAAGGAAGUGGAGAGGAUGACACCACGGGAAUGGUCACCAUCAUCACAGGCUUCCAGCUGGAGGACCCAAGCAUGUUCUCAGCACCCAUGCAGUCUGCCAUCCAGGCAGCCGCCAGUGCCAGCGUAGAGAUAAAGAACGUUCUGGAGUUCUACAAGCAGUGGAAGGAGAUGGGCUGAUGCUCUGCAGGGCACUGGCUGGUGUGAACCUUUCUCUCCCCCUCUCGGAACGUGCAGCGUCUGAACAAAGGCAACCAAACUCCAGGCGACACUUGGACACGAAGAAGCAGCAGCAGCAGCAGCACCACCAACAACAACCAAAUCUCUACCCAAACCAAGCCAAAAUGAACCCCAAAUCCAAUUUGGGCACCAACACAGAGCCACCCUCCAGCUGGAUCCUGAGCAGACGGCUGCACAGCUCCAACUGCUCUGAGAAGAGCCAAGGAGAGCUCUGCCCUUCUCCCAAUGGGCAGAGAUGGGCGAGAGCUGGGCAGUCCUUGAGCCCCCCACUCCCCCCAGUGCUUGCUCAGCUCCUCAAGCCUGGACUUGACCUCCAAGCCCCCAAACCAGCGUGGCGGGAACGGAGCCCUCCUGGCUUGGGAAAGAAGAUCCAAAGAGUUGUUGAGCUCUUGGUUGGCAAUUUGGUGACAGGAAAGCAGAAAGUCUUUUCUUUCCUUCCCCCUCCUGCGAAUCAGUUCGUUUUCAAGGGCUUUUUCCUUUCAAUUCUUAGGUUUUUCUAUGUAGAAAUGAGCUUAAAGCAACAGCAAAGUUGGGAGUUCCUUUGGGGUUCUGGCUCCUCUUCCCAUGUCAGAGAGAAAAGGAAGGGAUGAUGCUAUUUAAAAGGGGGGGAGUGGGGGGAAAGCUCUUAAUAUAAUAUUGUUGUCUUGGAAGAAGCAUAUUUAUUUCCUUUCCCAGUCCCCCCAGUGCGGGUUCAGUGCAAAGGGAUGGUUCCUGCAAGGAGGGAGCAUGUCCUGGCUCUCCUCACAAGCUGCAUGAGCACCAAGAGCUUGGCCAAGCUGCUUGGGAGAGGUGAAGAAGACUCUGGUCCUCCUUCCCCAGUCCCUCCCACCUCUUUGCUUCCAGCAUUAGGAGGAAGGAGGGGAAUUGCAGUGGAGCUGCUGGAAGAGAGAAGAGCCAUGUGGGAUUUGAACCCCAAAUAAGGCUUGAGUGACCCUGGGAUGGAGCAAACAUCUCAGAAGGACCCAAUGCCACCUCUUUUUGUCUGUUUUCCAUUGUUUUUUUCCUUGCAAUGAGGUGUUUGUGGAGGAGGAAGGAGGAUCUCGAAGCCAUUCUCUCUUCUGCUGGUUGUUCUGACACCCCACUGCUGCUAUGCCGUGCUAAAGAGGGUGGUAGAACUUUGAGUGUUGGGUGUCCCCUCUCCUCACACCCCUCCCGGGCAGGCAGAGGCAGUGUCACUGCCCAGGAGGACACAAACCCUUUGGUGCUUUCAGCAUCCCAAAAAAGAAGGGAUGAUGCUACUGGGAUGGAUGCUGGAAGAGCUUAUUCCCCAUGUAAGGGACCUUUGAGACCUCCAUCCUGAUGGCAUCUCAAGCAACCUGUGUCUGACAUCCUGUCUCACCACCAUGCUUGGAAAUGAAGAAAUGGGUUGCUCCUGGGCUGCCUGAGUGGCCUCUUUGUAGCUCAUCCGUGUCAAUGUGCUCCAGAAGCAGAUGUCUCCUCCCUCCACAUGGACUCACAGCAGCUAUGCAAGUACCAAACCACUCGUCUUCGAUGUCUCCUCACAUGGGCCAGCCAGAAGCUGCUACAAAAGGGGCCUAAGACAGCAAGUGACCUGCUCCAGUCAUUGCAGACUUCCCAGCAUGGGUCAGGAUGUUCCUGGUGUUCAGGUAAAAGCCCAAACCAGCACAAAUCCCCGAGGAUUCAUUUCUAGCCCCACUUCCAGUUCCUUUGCAGCAUGCAGCCUUGUAGCACAGCAGGAACCUGCAAGCUCCAGCCCUCGGGGGCUGAUGGGCACACAGAACCAGGGCUUCCCUCCGGGGUUUUGCUUCUGCAGCUUCUCCUGAGCCUCGUGGUGCUUUUCUAGGCUAAGCCAAGGAACCAACACAAGCAGAAGAGCAGGACCCAGCCUCUGGCUCCUCCUCUUAGAGGUCCAAGGUGGGCUGCGAAGCUUCACUUGCUCUUUGUUCCAGUGCUUUGAUUUGAGGCCGUUGCUUUGGCGAAGCUCCUGAGGUUUGGUUGAUGGGCUGGGGCCGUGCUUCCGCCCGGCAUGGGACGGGGAAGCACAGAGGAAACCCCAUCCCUUGGGCCACAAUCCUGUGGGUUUGUGUGUCUCUUGGGUUUGGUUUUCUCUUCGUCACCACCACAUUGAGCUUUGGGAGGGGUCGGGGCACACGGUGGUGGGGGCUGAGGCUUUCGGGGCUGUCCCAAUGGCCACGGUCCCUCUGGUGCUGGUUGGACUUUGGCUCCGGGGCUUCAGGGGCUGUGCCAAGCGCCUCUUCCUUUUCCCAGCCUUGCUCGGGGUUGCCUUGCGCUUGGUUUGGCUCCUCCUCGAGCUCCCUGGGGCAGAGCCCAGGGUGAGGGCAGGGGAAGGUUGGCACAAGAGCCCGGGGCUUGCUUGGAGCUGAGGGAUGCUCCGGCACGAGCCAAGCCCUGGCUCUGUGCUUGCGGUGGCAAAGGGCUGCUGGAGCUCAGCAGGGCCAGGAGGAGCUCGGGGGCUCUCACAGCAUGUGCUUGACUGUGCCCCCACCACCUUGAGUAGCUUAAUAAAGCCCAGGAUGUUUGUA